GCAGGGAGCGAAUUAGGGGAGGAGGGAAGACCGGAAGCUACGGUCGCGUACCCAUCCUUAGAUUCGCUCCCCCAGGCUGGGAGCAGAGACGGAGGAAGAAGGAAAGGCUGAAGCUUGGCUCCGUAAUAAAGGGGAGCAGCCGCUCCGGAGUCUCCUCCCGGAGCGCCCCCCUCAGCCCGCGCGCUCUCCUCAGCCACCGACUCCCGGGCGCGCGCCCUCGCGGACGGCCCGGCCGCAGAGACUUUAGCUGAAGAGGCGCUGCCCGCAGCGGGGACUGGCCGGCGGCAUCGAGGCCCGCUCCCCACCGCCACCCCCACCUGCCUGCCCACCGGUCCCUCUGGCCGCCGCCAUGUCCUCCACCUCCUCCUCUCCCAGGGAAACGUACGAGGAGGACCGGGAGUACGAGAGCCAAGCCAAGCGCCUCAAGACCGAGGAAGGGGAGAUCGACUACUCGGCUGAGGAAGGCGAGAACCGCCGGGAAGCGACGCCCCGCGGCGGGGGCGAUGGCGGCGGCCGGAGCUUCUCACAGCCGGAGGCAGGUGGAAGUCAUCAUAAAGUUUCUGUUUCACCUGUUGUCCAUGUUCGAGGACUCUGUGAAUCUGUAGUAGAGGCAGACCUUGUGGAGGCUCUGGAAAAAUUUGGGACAAUAUGCUAUGUGAUGAUGAUGCCAUUUAAACGGCAGGCUUUAGUGGAAUUUGAAAACAUAGAUAGUGCCAAAGAAUGUGUGACGUUUGCUGCGGAUGAACCCGUGUACAUUGCUGGUCAACAGGCCUUUUUUAACUACUCUACAAGCAAAAGGAUCACUCGACCAGGAAAUACUGAUGAUCCAUCAGGAGGCAACAAAGUUCUUCUGCUAUCAAUUCAGAAUCCUCUUUAUCCAAUUACGGUGGAUGUUUUGUAUACUGUGUGCAACCCUGUUGGAAAAGUGCAACGGAUUGUUAUAUUCAAGAGGAAUGGGAUACAAGCAAUGCUUAUGUUUGAAUCAGUCCUUUGUGCCCAGAAAGCUAAAGCAGCACUCAAUGGAGCAGAUAUAUAUGCUGGAUGUUGCACACUAAAGAUUGAAUAUGCAAGGCCAACUCGUCUAAAUGUUAUUAGGAAUGACAAUGACAGUUGGGACUACACUAAACCAUAUUUGGGAAGAAGAGAUAGAGGAAAGGGUCGCCAGAGACAAGCGAUUUUGGGAGAACACCCUUCUUCGUUUAGACAUGAUGGCUAUGGAUCCCAUGGCCCAUUAUUGCCUUUACCAAGUCGUUACAGAAUGGGCUCUCGAGAUACACCUGAGCUUGUUGCCUAUCCAUUACCACAGGCUUCUUCCUCUUACAUGCAUGGAGGAAAUCCAUCUGGUUCAGUUGUAAUGGUUAGUGGAUUACAUCAACUAAAAAUGAAUUGUUCAAGAGUCUUCAACCUAUUCUGCUUAUAUGGAAAUAUUGAAAAGGUAAAAUUUAUGAAGACCAUCCCUGGCACAGCACUGGUAGAAAUGGGUGAUGAAUAUGCUGUAGAAAGAGCUGUCACACACCUUAAUAAUGUCAAAUUAUUUGGGAAAAGACUUAAUGUUUGUGUGUCUAAACAACAUUCAGUUGUUCCAAGUCAAAUAUUUGAGCUGGAGGAUGGCACAAGUAGCUACAAAGAUUUUGCAAUGAGCAAAAAUAAUCGCUUUACAAGUGCUGGCCAAGCGUCUAAGAAUAUAAUCCAGCCACCCUCUUGUGUGCUGCAUUAUUAUAAUGUUCCAUUGUGUGUCACAGAAGAGACCUUCACAAAGUUGUGUAAUGACCAUGAAGUUCUUACAUUCAUCAAAUAUAAAGUGUUUGAUGCAAAACCUUCUGCUAAAACACUUUCUGGGCUAUUAGAAUGGGAAUGCAAAACUGAUGCAGUAGAAGCCCUUACAGCACUUAAUCACUACCAGAUAAGAGUCCCAAAUGGUUCCAAUCCCUAUACAUUGAAGCUUUGCUUUUCUACAUCGUCCCAUUUAUAAGAAGAGAAGAGCAUGUUAGAAUUUAUGUUCACCUUUAUUACAAUUUUAAAGCUACACUUCAUUUAAAAUAAUCAAAUGGUUGAUCUAAUGUUGCCUUGCUUACUUUAAGAUCCUGCUCUGUAGUAAACAUAU